AUGAUGCGAGCGGGGACGGGUGGAAAAUUUGUGGCGGUCGUGCGACGUUCGCUUUGUUGGAGUCCGCCGGGACGUGGGCGGGGACCCGCUCUUAACGUGCAGCGGCGCACGGUCAUCACUGGGCAGAUUCCAACGAGUCCCACUGGGGGCGAUGCACCGGCGUCCAGCACGCCAGGAUGGGAGCUGCGGCGCGGCCACCAUUUGCACAGUAGCGUUGGUCUUCACACCUCUUUUCCUACCGCCUGCGGCCGAACGUUUAACCCUCAACUCUACUACGAGGUGCUGCAGGCUUGUUGUGAUCAGCAGUGGCUCCAGGCCAUUCAGAGAGAGUUGCGAAAUGAUAAGGAGUGGAUGGAUACACUUCGUCGUGAGGGCGGAGUGGCGAAGGCCAUGAACGCCUUGACGGAGUCAACACACCAUGAUGAUGAAUUUAUGAUGAAGUUACGGGACACACUUAAGACGGACAAAAAAAUGUCGUUAACUUUGUGCGCCAUUCAGGAGAGCUACGAGCGUAUUCGAAAUAAACGGGACAUGCAUGAGACACAAGUAGCAGCGGAUGGUGGAGACGAUCCCUAUGCAGCCAUGCGACGAAAGCAACAGGGAGAAUUUGGCCAUAAAUACCCCUCAUUUUAG